CACGGAUCUCGACAAAGCCAUCAAACAGACGUGCAAUGCGGUGUUCUUCAACAAGGGUGAGAACUGCAUUGCAGCAGGACGAAUUUUCGUCGCCGAAAGUAUUUAUGACGAUUUCUUGGACAAGUUGAAAGAUGAAGCCGAAAAGUAUGUCAUUGGAGAUCCAUUGGACAGAUCCACCAACCAUGGUCCACAAAAUCACAAGGCACAUUUGGACAAGCUGAUUGAGUACGUUGAGAAAUCGGUCGCUGGAGGAGCAAAGGUUGAAGAUGACAACUUUGCCGCCAUAGAGGAGUCGUUUGGUCCGAUUAUGUGUGUGAGCCGAUUUGACGACGAUGACAUCGAUACGGUCAUAAAACGAGCGAAUAAGACCGAAUUUGGACUGGCAGCUGGAGUGUUCUCAAGGGAUGUGUCGAAAGUGAUGCGUAUUGCGGACAGAUUACAAGCCGGUACCGUGUUCAUCAACACCUAUCAGAAAACCGACGUCGCCGCUCCAUUUGGUGGAUUCAAACAGUCCGGUUUUGGAAAAGACCUCGGUGCCGAGGCGUUGAACGAGUAUCUACAGACGAAAACGAUCACAUUGGAAUAUUAA